GCCGGAAGGUCUCCUUGCCCACAUGCUGCACGCCCCGGGCCAUGGCCUCCACCUCGGCCGGCACCCGCGGCCCCAGGAAGCCGCCGCCGCGGCCGCCGCCGCUCUCGCCGUGCCCGUAGGCCGCCCCCACGGCCUUGCCCACCGCCGCCGCCAUAGCAGCGCGGCCCCGCCUGGCGCUGACACACCGCCCCACGCGCGGGGCGGAGGACGGGGGCGCGUGCUAGGGCGGGCACGAGUGGGCAGCCGUCCGCCCUCCGCCGCAGCAGGGGGCGCUGUGCCGGCCCGGCCCCGUGGCCCGGCGCCGGAAGGAGCCCGCCGCGCCGGCCGCGAGACUGAGGCGCAUCCCGGGACUGGCCGCUCAUGGCGGCGCUCGCGGCUCGGCCCCUGCGUGUGUGAGGCGCUCGUCUCCUUCCCGCCGCCGCCGGGCCGCGCUGGAGCCGUUCCCGCUCCCGCCGCCAUGACCGAGGAGCCGUACGAGAAGUUCCUGGCUCCCGAGGAGCCGUGCCCGCUGCUCUCGCACCAGCACCCGCCGCGGGGCGGCAGCUUGAGCCUGAGCGAGGAGGGCUGCCUGGACGUCAGCGACUUCGGCUGCCAGCUCUCGUCCUGCCACCGCACCGACCCGCUGCACCGCUUCCACUCCAACAGGUGGAACUUGACAUCUUGUGGAACUAGCGUAGCCAGCUCGGAGUGCAGUGAGGAGCUGUUCUCAUCGGUUUCAGUUGGUGAUCAAGAUGACUGUUACUCUCUAUUGGAUGACCAGGAGUUCACCUCUUUUGAUUUGUUCCCCGAGGGAAGUGUCUGCAGUGAUGUCUCUUCUUCUAUCAGCACAUACUGGGAUUGGUCAGACAGUGAGUUUGAAUGGCAGUUGCCUGGCAGCGAUAUUACAAGUGGGAGUGAUGUACUUUCUGAUGUUAUACCUAGUAUUCCAAGUUCUCCUUGUCUGCUUCCUAAAAAGAAAAACAAGCAUAGAAAUCUUGAUGAACUUCCAUGGAGUGCAAUGACAAACGAUGAACAGGUUGAAUAUAUUGAAUAUUUGAGUCGCAAAGUCAGUACAGAGAUGGGCCUUCGGGAGCAACUUGAUAUUAUUAAAAUUAUUGAUCCUACUGCUCAGAUCUCACCUACAGAUAGUGAAUUCAUUAUUGAAUUGAACUGUCUCACAGAUGAAAAACUGAAACAGGUGAGAAACUAUAUCAAGGAACAUGGACCUCGUCAACGGUCUGCAAGGGAAAGCUGGAAGAGGAGUAGCUACAGUUGUGCAAGUACCAGUGGUGUGAGCGGUGCCAGUGCCAGCAGCAGCAGUGCCAGCAUGGUCAGCUCAGCAAGCAGCAGUGGUUCUAGUGUUGCUAACUCUGCUUCAAACUCAAGCGCCAACAUGAGUCGAGCGCACAGUGAUAGUAAUUUGUCCACAAGUGCUGCAGAAAGAAUCCGGGAUUCAAAAAAACGUUCCAAGCAACGGAAACUACAGCAAAAGGCCUUACGCAAGAGACAGCUGAAAGAACAAAGACAAGCUCGUAAGGAAAGACUGAGUGGAUUAUUUCUUAAUGAAGAAGUGCUCUCUUUAAAAGUGACUGAGGAGGACCAUGAAGGAGAUGUGGAUGUUUUAAUGUGACAGGGGUGAAUUUAUCAGUGUUCUUUCUAAGCCUUAAAUGUAUUAUCCUUAUUGUUUACAUAUAUUUCUUGACCAAAUUUUGAUUAGUGCUAACAGUUUAAACCAGAUCUUUUCUCAAGUGUAAUUUUAGUAAGAAGGUCUAAGAAUUGAGUAACUUCAGCUUUUUGAGACUAAUUUUGCAACAAAGACUUCAGAAACUUAACUGUCUUCUGAAAAGCUGCUGAAUAGAUACAAUUUUAAGGAAAUCUGAACUUGGCUAACAUGCUAACUUACGUGCAAGACAUAAGUCUAGGGGUGCUUUUGGAUGACACUAAGCAUGCAUUACUAUGCUUCAGCUUUUUUGUUUUUUCCAACUUAGAGUUAAUAUUACACUUGGCUUAUUCUGUCUUCCUUUCCCAUUAUUAGGAAGAUUGUUUAGCAUGAGGAAAAAAAUGUUUAGUUCUAUAGGGCUUUCUUCAGUCUUGCUCUUUGAUCAUACAAAAUCAAAGUACUGUAAUAAAUCCUUAUCUAGAAGUUGCAAUUUAAUUCAAACUACACAGAAAACAAGAAGCAGGACUUCUAAUGCUGGGAAUCUGUAACACAAAUAAUGCCUAAUAAUGUAGUUCUUUAGGAAGCAAUUAGAAUUCAAAAAAACAACUUGCAAGCUUAGUCUUCAGACAGUUAUUUUGCUGCUCAAUACCUUACAGUAUGAUUAUUACUGAUGGUUGACCAGUGCAUCCCUCGUAUUGCUAUGAAAAGAUUCAAAUAAAAACAUCUUUAUGCAUUGAAAGUACACUAAUCUACAAUUAAGUUGUCUAGGACACUACUUACAAUAGUUAAAAAUGCUCUUGGAAACAGAAGUACAAACAAGUGUUGAACAACUUUGGUGGCUUUUUUCCCCAGAAGCAUAUCUAAAUAGCUUCAUGUUGUUGGCAAGAGAACAUUAAUGCAGCUGUGCUUUUUAAUUGUAUGUUUAGCUGAGGAUGUGUCUUCUGUGUGGGUUGUUACACCAUUACAUGUUUCAGAAUUCUCCUUUUGUUUGCUUUAGAAAUUUCUCUUGAUAAGACAAUGAGGUAAAAUUCUGGCUUUCAGGUAGGGAGGUAAAAGUAGUUCUAACCUGUUUCCUAAUUCUGACAAUCUGUAAGGUGACUUUUGUCUUUAUCUUGGAACUACUUGUUACAGAACUCCUUCCCCCCACAGCUGAGAUAAAAAUGAUACUUCUACAUUUCAAUGUGAAACUUUAAAGAUUAUAAAAGUAUUUUUUAGUUCUGAGUUUAGGAAGUAAUUUUUCAUUAUCUUGAUGCUUCAUUACUUUCAUUUUGCUCUUGUGAAUUAAGGAGUUUGGCAGUUCAGAGUGGCCACACGUGCCUGUAAUUGCAGGAUAUAGCCCAAUCCCGCAGAACUGCAUGAUCAACUUUAUAUAGGACUACUCACAUUUGUUUUGCUUAUCCUGCACAGGCUUUUUAGCCCUGACUUCUGAAGUAUUUUUCUUUCAAAAGUGGCAUUCCUUGUAGCCUCAAAAUAAACUGACCAGUACAAUAUUUGAAUAAUGGCCUCUGAAGGGGCUUCAGUAAGAAAAAAAUGAAGUCCAUAGUCAAACGAGUAUGAACUUAACCACUCUUACUGCUGCUAGACAGCAGGUACCCAGACAUGGCCAUUGACUGAUAAAAAGCUAUGUAAUGUCAUUUUAAAGUGGAGUGUUAGCUAUCCCAUGUGGCCAGUUGUUUGGUCACUAAUUAGAAGUGUCUGUUACCUGUCAGUAUUUGCUUGUACUGCACUCUAGCUGGUUGAUCCCUCCCUCCUGUAGAACCAGCCCCCAAACUUUUUAACAGUAUACAAGUUACUGAAAAUUUAGAAAGACUUAAAUCUGGAGCUUCUUUUAAAUAUCUUAGAUGGAAGAAAAAAUUGAAUUGCUGUCAACUCAGCUAAUUUCAGGGUGCAGUUGUUGAACUCUUGCAACUUAUGUGGCUGUAAUGGAUGAAUUCAUCAUGAAACAUUUCACUGUGUGCACACUGUCACAGCUCAGCACAACCUUUAUUUUCUGCGGUGACUUUGAAAUGUGAUUUUUUUUUUUUUCCCUGAAGAAAAAUGCACACUUAGUACUGUAGAGAAUUGAGACUCUGAAAUGAAUUGUAAGAAAGGUGCAAUAUCUCAGCGUGGUGGAGCAUGAAAAUGUGUCACUUUAUUCUGUUUCAGCAGCUCUUCAGAGUUUAAAAUCCCGCAAGCUUUGUUGAGAGAAGACCCCCCUCAUUUUGAUGAGGUACAGGUUUUUUUGGUCACCUGUCUACUAGCUUCUGGAGAUCAUGAAAUGAGGGAGGAUAGUAUUUCCAUCAUGAUCUUAGUGUAAGCAUGUAAGUAUAAAUUAAUCCAAGUGAUUAGAUGGGUCCAGUUGCUAAUCUGUUACAUUGAAUGAAAAGGUCCUGGGUGCCAGAGUAGCUGAUUGUGGUAUGUUGUCUCCAGCUGGGUACUUCAGUUACUUGUGUGACAAUUAAAACGGUAGAAGAGAGUGGAUUUCCAGGGGAUUCAUGGUAAUAAUUUAUGACUUUGUAAUCUCUUAUUCCCAGGUUGCUUAUAACCUAAGAAUACAAGGCUCUGAAUGUUCUGAUAAGAAUGCAGAAUAACACCUUGCUUACCUGAAUGUUGUACUUGGCAUCUCAGAAAAUCAGGCCUGAAGUAGCUGUGGGAUUCAGGAGUUCUCACAUACUUCUACAUGUUUGAGUUUUUUUCCCUUUCCUUUUUAGUUCUAAUGACCCACUCAUUUCAUAGAGUGGGGAGGCGUUUUUAUCAGAUUCUUGUCUUUCCCUGCAAGAUGCUGUAUGCUUACCCAGGGAAGUGACCAGUCACCAUCCCUGGAGGUUUAUAAAAGACAUGUAGAUGUGGUGUUUAGGGACAUGGUUUAGUGGUGGACUUGGCAGUGUUAGGUUUACGGUUGGACUUGGUGAUCUUGAAGGUCUUUUCCAACCUAAGUGAUUCUAUGAAUUUGUAUUGGAUACCCAUGGCAUUAGUCAAACAGUUGGAAUUUUAGUUAAACCUAGUCUUGCUGAUUCGAGUAUUGGCCAUUGUGGCUACUGCUUUGUUUUACAGGAAGUUAUCUACAGAUUUUUGGGUUCAGAUAGAUAAAGAAGAGUAAAAGACUGCUAAAAUCAUGCAUUCUUAUUAGUGCUUUUUCAAAAAAAGAAUCAAAUCUAUGCUUUUUAUUCAUAGUUAAAAAAAGGUAAGCUUAAAAGCAAAAUAGAGACAAACAGGAAAAAGCUCAUAGUUGUAUGGCUCCACAGUACUGAAGCUGUAUAUCUAGGUGCUUUGAACCCACUGUAAUAUGAAUGUAAUCAGUUUACACUCUGUAACAUUAACGGUUUGCUUCCAUGGUAACUUUUUCUCUAAAAAGGCUUAGAAGGAGCACUGAAAAGUCUGAUUGCAAUAGGACUGUAAACAAUAGAGAACAAUAUUUUCUAAUAUGAUUUAAAAUCAUGAGGAAGAAAGCUAGCUGCCUGACAAACCUGUCGAAUUUUUGUGCGUGUAUCUAAUGUCAUCCUUUCUCUCUGUUAAGAUAUUAUCUAUUUUUCUUUAUCUGGGAAACUGAUUAAAAGAUGGUUAUAGUAUGCUCAGUAUGGGGUGCUUACGAAGAAGAGCAAGAAAAGUCUUUGCAAGACUUUCCUAGGCUUAACUUUUAGUUCUCAUAUUGUGGUUUGAAACCUGUGAAGAUCAUUCUCUGGGGAAAAAACAAACCAACCAACCUGCUUGAACUUGUUCAUAUGCAUUUACAUCAGAGUGCAUAUACAAUGUAGAAACAUAUAAAAAUGGCAAUAUUUACUGUUCAUCUUAUGCUGAAUGGCCUGAAGCCAUUUCUUUUCUCCUAACAGUCUUUCAGCUUUGAAAUCAGUUGAUGCAUUGGUCUAUAAAUAUUAAUAAACCUGACUGUUUUGGGGGACUCUUGAAGUUCAUUCUUAUAAGCCAGAUUUUCAUGGCAAAUAUUGUUACAUUUAUUGGUUUAAUGUUCUUUAGCUUAUUGAUCCUGCAGUUCUUAGGCAUAGAAAAGACAAAUCAACAUGCAAUUUUCCAUUUAAGGAUUGCAAAGAUAGUUUAUUAAUCUACCAAGGGCAAAUCCUAGUAAUAUUCAAAGCUUGUCUAUUUUGACUAUUAACUCUAAUUAAUCAUACUCGCAUUCUCUCUCAUCUGGCUAACUUUAAAACAUUUCCAAGUUACAAAUAAAUUCUUCAAUUAAAAAGAAAUAAUUGUAAUGUUGAAGCCUUGAAUAUAGUUCAUAACCAAAGCAAGGGGAAAGUGGGAUUGUGUGAUUUUUUUUUUUUUUCUUUUUGGGGGGAGAAGUGGGGGUAUAGAUUAGAGUAUAUGGUACUGCUUAAAUUAAGGUUUAUUUUCCCCAAUUUCUCUGCUAAUUGUAUUGCUAAAAUGCACUUUUGUAUAGAAAACUGUCCUCUGUACAUUCUGUAUCUACUUUCCACAAUGUUUAUAGAGAUUUUUCUGAAGUUGUGAAGGAUUUACUGAAAGCUGCAAUGCUGGUGACUAAUGCUGUUGACUUCAAGUUUUCAUUGUAUUUGAAAAUAGUUAUGUGCAUAUUGAAGUACAGGUUGGAAUUAAAAUUGAUGACAUAGCAAAGA